UUUCCAGAACAGUUUCUGAUCUUCAUCAGAAAGAAAAAUGGCAGCUGACAAACCAAGCUCUAAAGGCCAAGCAUGGUUCUGUGCCACUGGAUUACCAAGUGAUAUUAUCAUUGAGGUUGAUGAUAUGACUUUUCAUCUCCAUAAGUUUCCCCUGAUAUCCAAAAGCCGAAAGCUUGAUCAGUUAAUAGAAGAGCAAGGUCGGAAAUCAGCUACUGCAACCGUUGCCAAACAAAAGCAGCGUGAAACAGAGACUGAAAUCGAAGAAGAAACAGAGGAAUAUCAAGAGCAACAAGAUGAUGCUGAUGAAGAAGGAUAUCGUUACCGGAUAUCUCUUCAGGGUUUCCCCGGUGGUUCCGACACUUUUGAAACCGCCGCCAAAUUCUGUUACGGCGUUAAAAUAGAUCUCUCAUCCUCCACCAUCGUUCCUCUCCGCUGCGCCGCCGAGUUUCUCGAAAUGACUGAUGAGUACUCGGAGGAUAACCUUAUUUCCAAAACCGAAAGGUUCCUUUCUCAAUCCAUUUUUAAAAGCCUUAAAGAAUCGAUCAAGGCGUUGAAAUCAUGUGAAUCAGUGGUGUCUUUAGCGGAAUCUUUAGGCAUUGUUCAAAGAUUGAUUGAUUCGAUUGCUUCGAGAGCUUCUUCUGUAGACCCAACACUGUUUGGCUGGCCAGUGAAUGAAGGAGCGAUUGAAGCUAAAGGAGCCUCGACUCAAGCUUUAUGGAACGGAAUCGAAACUGGUUUGAGAAGAAAAGCUCUAGCUCGAACAAACAAUCUAGAGUCGUGGUUUGAAGAUCUGGCAAUGCUGAGUUUACCGUUGUUUAAACGCUUCAUUUUAACGUUGAAAAGGCGAGAUCUGAGUCCAGAGGUCAUAGAAAGCUGCCUUAUGUGUUACGCUAAGAAGUACAUUCCAGGAACUUCUCGCUCAAAUCGGAAACCGUCAUCGUCGUUGGCUGCCGCUAUUUCAGAGAGUGAACAGCGAGAGCUUUUGGAGACUAUUAUCUCGAACCUCCCCUUAGAAAAGACCCGUUCAUCAACCGCGAUGCGGUUCUUAUUCGGUUUGUUACGAACCGCUAAUAUAUUAAACUCAUCGGAACCUAGCAAAGCGGCAUUGGAGAAGAAGAUCGGUUUCCAGCUCGAGCAAGCAACGUUAGACGAUCUUUUAAUCCCGAGCUAUUCGUAUCUCAAUGAAACGCUCUAUGACGUUGAUUGUAUUGAGAGGAUUUUAGGUUAUUUUUUGGAUGGAUUAGAAGAGAGAAGCGCCGCUGGAAUAGAAGCCGAAAACGAAGGAAACGACGAUAAUAUCAUUAAUAGUAGUAGACUGCCUUCAUUAAUGCUCGUUGGAAAAUUAAUCGAUGGUUACCUUUGCGAGAUCGCAUCUGACGCCAACUUGAAGCCGGAUAAGUUUUAUAAUCUCGCAAUUUCACUUCCUGAUCAAGCUAGAAACAUCGACGACGGACUUUACAGAGCUGUUGAUGUAUACCUCAAGGCGCAUCCUUGGAUACCGGAAUCGGAGCGGGAAAAAAUAUGCGGAGUAUUAGACUGUCAAAAGCUGACACUAGAAGCAUGCACGCACGCUGCACAAAACGAGCGGUUGCCGUUACGUUUGGUAGUCCAAGUGUUGUUCUUCGAGCAGCUGCAGCUACGCCACGCAAUUGCCGGCACGUUGUUGGCAGCGGAAGCGGCGCCAAUGAAUGCGGGGAGGUUGUCGGAGACGAGGAGGGAAGGGGAAGAGGAAGAUGAAGAAAGGGUGUCAGAAUCACGUGGGGAGGAAGGCAGAAGAAGCAGUAGCAGGUGGAGAGUAGCGUUGAGGGAGAAUCAGGUGCUGCGACUGGAUAUGGAUAGCAUGAGGACGCGGGUACAUCAACUGGAGAGGGAAUGUUCCACGAUGAAGAAAGGGAUCCAGAAGAUUGAGAAAGAAGGUCCACGUGGCGGUUGUUGGAGGGGGUCGUUGAAUAAAAGGUUUGGGUGUAAGUUCAAGACUCAAGUUUGUGAUUCCCACGGAUCAACGGUUGCAGAGACACGAAGGGGAAGACAUCAUCAUCAACAAUAGAGUUGAGCGACAAUGAGGUUGUCUCUUUUUCCUAAUUUUCAUUUUAUUUGGAGAAUUUUGUUGAUUGAACUUAUCUUUUGAGGCAGCGGACAAGUAAAUAAUGAAAAUGACAGGUCCUGUUAGGUUAGUGGAGAAGGGUGACCAUUUAUUUACUGAAAAGUAUUUCAGUUUUGUGCUGCGUGGAAGCAUAAUGGCGGAUCAAACUAAGAGUACAAGACCCUCAUCUGUGUUUUCUUUUAAAUUCAAUCUUUGUGUGACCUUUGAGCUUUUAGUUUAUAUGUAUAGGCUCCAUUUCAACCCUAAAUUCUGGUCGUACAAAAUCAAGAUGGUGGUGGUAGGGAUUCGAGAGAUGUUUGGGUGAGAUAUGGUUUGAAAUCAAUGUACUGUGUUCUGCCAAAAGUUACAAGAGUACAAUGAUAAUCAGAACUCAGCGAUAGGCAUAGUGUUUGAAUGCCUCCUUUCUCUUUGUAUGGUAUGGUUAAUAAAGGCUCCAAAUUGUGCCGACUUUAGA